AUGAGUGAUAAUUAUGACUGGGAAGAAUGGAAUGAGUCGGCAACGACUUUUCGUCAGCAUGUGUUAGCUGGGUGUGUAGCCGGAGUUUCUGAACAUAUUGUUUUCUUCCCCAUAGAUACAGUUAGAGUAUGUGCGAUACCCACUUUCGAUCAUCACUCUAUCCGGAGUGAGGGGCUCCGAGUGCUAUGGAGAGGGAUGUCGAUGACCAUUACGGCUUGCAUUCCUGCUCACGCACUCUAUUUCUCAAUUUAUGAAUAUACAAAGCGAAAGCUUGGCGGAAAUGACAACAAACAUAUCCUUUUCGCUUCUUUCUCAAACAGUUUUUCCUUUACUUCACUGCAUGCCAACGCCUCUGCAAUCGGUGGAGCUCUUGCUUCUGUGGCCCACGACGCAGUGAUGACUCCCUUGGACGUGGUCAAACAGCGCAUGCAGCUGGGUCUUUACUCCAGUCCCAUGACAGCUCUGCGCUCGAUCAUCCGCUACGAGGGCUUCCGGGCGCUGUACUCCUCCUAUUUCACCACGAUUUUAAUGAACGUUCCGAACGCGGCGGUGCUGGUGGUGACGAACGACUGGAUGAAGAGCAUUUUGAACCCCUCCGGCAAGCAGAACUUCAGUGCCUUUUUGGUAAGCGGGCUUGUGGCUGGCUCGCUGUCAGGCUUCGUAACUUGUCCUUUAGAUGUGAUUAAAACGCGAAUUCAGACGCAGACGACGGGAGCGGAUGGCGUUCUCCGGCGAUACACCGGGUUUUGGCAGACGUUGAAGCUGCUGGUGAAGGAGGAGGGCGUUCGAUCGUUAUUUAUGGGCGUAUCGACGCGAAUUAUGCAGCAGGCGCCCGCGGCCGCGCUGAGUUGGACCGUGUAUGAGACGGUCAAGCGAUUGCUCGUGUAG